ACGCCGACGCAGCAGCCGCGUGUUAAAUGAAACUGUCCGCACUCGGGAGAGCUCCAGCUGUCAGCUCGGCAGGGUUCAGGACUGCGCCAGCUUUUAGCAUGUCCAAAGUGAACAGCGGCUCCACUGGCUGUCGGGCCAUGGUCAUGGCUGGAAAGUACCUGGCGAGUCCCAACCCGCCCUCCACCUCGCUGAAGCGGAGCUCCAGCCAGCAGCAGCAGCGGAGGAUGUUCGCUCCCCAGCGCCGCAUGGUCAGUUCCGACGCAGCGAACACGAGGGUGAGAGUCCCGGCUUUGGCUCAGCAGGAGAACCUGGGGUAUUUCUCCGCUGCGGAUCGGCACGCGCUCGCCUCCCGGAACCUGAUUUACCGGGAUGUGAAAGCUUUUCUCAGUGAGGUUGGAGGAGACCCCCGGGAGGCCCGGUACUGGCUGACCCAGUUCCAGAGAACCACUACGGCUCAGUCUCCUGCCUUUGCUGUACUGGAGGUGGACAGUUCUGUUUUCCGCAGCAGGGAAACGGUUCAGAGCCUGGCCUUCGGACUGUCCUUCCUGCAGCGUAUGGACAUGAAGCCUGUUGUGGUGAUAGGCCAAACUCAGCUCCUGGAAAAAGAGCCUGCUGAAUCAGUGACGGGGUCUUGGUGCACCAGAGUGCUGGUGGAGCGGUGCCAGCAGCUGACCGAGGUUCUGCAGCAGCACUCUGCUACUGUCCUGCCGUUCUUCUCCGCAGAGUCCUUCCUUCAACUGCAUGAAGCACCACCAGGAAGCAGUGCUGCACCCUACAUUUCUGUGGACACCAGCCUCCUCCAGUGGAGUCUGGACUGUGGGACAAUCCCGCUGGUUUGUCCGGUGGGAAGGGACUGGAGGGGAUGCUCUGUAAUACUGGACCCAACGGAGGUGACGGUGGCCAUUUCCCGAGCUCUUCAACCCCACAAAGUCAUUUUCCUGAACAGCUCCGGUGGCCUGCAGAGCCCAAAACACAAGGUGCUGGGCACCGUGUCGUUGCCCACCGACCUGCCCAGUCUGUCCGUGGCAGAGUGGCUGAGUGGUGCAGAGCGCCGGAAAGUGAGCGCCAUCGCCAGACUUCUCAAUCAACUGCCCACCGAGUCCUCUGCUGUGAUCACGUCAGCGGGAACGCUGCUGACUGAGCUGUUCAGCCACAGAGGCUCUGGGACCCUCUUUAAAAAUGGAGACCCCAUACACCGGUACAGCUCUCUGGAUGAGAUCGAUGCAGACCGUCUGCUGGCUCUCAUCAACAAGUCCUUUGCUAAAACUCUGAGGCAGGAUUACAUCGACUCUCUGAAAGGACGGCUUCACUCCAUCUACCUCUCUGAAGGUUACAGUGCGGCGGCCAUCAUCACCAUGGAGCCAGUGAACGGUGGCACCCCCUACCUGGACAAGUUUGUUGUGAGCAGCAGUAAGCAGGGUCAGGGCACCAGUCACAUUCUGUGGGAGUGCAUCAGACAAGACCUGGGAAAACUGUUCUGGAGGUCCAGAGCCACCAACAGAAUCAACCCAUGGUAUUUUAAGCACUGUGACGGCAGCUUUGCGAAUGGAGCGUGGAUCGUCUUCUGGUUUGGUCUGACAGACAUCAGAGAUUCCUACGCGCUGGUGGAGCAUGCCAAGAACCUCCCCAACUCAUUCCACAACUCCUCCUCUGAGCCUCCGCCACCUGAUGCAGGAUGCUGAGCAGCUGCCUGCAGAGCUGCCGUUCACUGUAGCUCAACCCUGAAGAACUGAACAUUGUUUUCUAAGGUUUACUCUGACUUGCUGUGGCCGGGAUUUGCAAAAAAAAACACUACAUCAAGUGAAACACUUUUACAUAUUUACAUCACAGAAACCAUGUUUACAUUUACAAAAGUACAAAGCUGAAACACUUUCACCAAGGACUGCAUUUCAGAAAAAAACACUGUACAAAACGUAAAACACUUGAAUAAUCCUUGAUGCAAACUUGCACCUGGAAAACACAAAGUUCUGAGUACAUUGCAGAAACAUUUUUACCAACGACAAAGAAACUUUACAUUGGCGUGAAACACUUUCACAAGUUCAGGAAACACAAUUACAAAGAUGAGAACUGGCCGGUGGUACAUCAAAAUCUUUGACUAGAGGGUGCAAUAGCGUACAUUUCUCUGCAUGUACGUCUUAAAAGACGAGCAAAGUCCGGGAAACACCUUUAUUGAAGAGCUGAGUUCAUUUGGAUGCAGGCACAGUGAAGUCACACAUUCUGGUUGCUAUCAGACAAAGUGGCAUCUGUGACUGUGUGAGGGCCACAAAAUGUUAGAAGAGUCCAGACUUAGGGGUGACAUAGGUACAUGCAGAGAAAGGUACACUAUUGCCCCUGGCGGUCACAGAUUCUGAUGGGUCACAGAUUUUGGUGCAACACCAGUUCUUUGUAAAAGUGUUUCUGUAAACUUUUAAAAGUGUUUUGCGUCACUUUGCUUUGCAGUUGGUAAAAAUAUUUCAGCGGUGUAUUCAGAACUUUGUGUUUUGCAGUUGCGCCUGUAAAUUUGCAUCAAGGAUUGUAAAGGUGUUGUACGGUUUGUACCGUUGUUUUUCUGUAAGGAAAACUGGUUUAGCCCUUGGUGAAAGUGUUUCAGCAUUUUAAACAUGUAAAUUUGCAUUGCGACAAUAUAAACGUGUUUCACUCGAUGUAAUAUUUUGCACUUCGCGGCCACCAUAAUGACUAGACUUCCCUCUGCUUUGAAACCGAGAGCGGUAUUGUUCUUAAAUGUAGAGAAUGCACGUCUGUCCACCAUGCUGGGGGAAUAUUUUCUGUCGCUGGUACCGUCUCUCUUGUUGCGCUUGUCUUCUCUAAAUAUUUGCUGCUGUGCAGAUGUUAGAGACACAGGUUUGAUCAUUUAGGGGCCAUGAAUGAUAUAUAUAUCAUAUAUAUUAUAUUCUAAAAUAGAAAUCAGAGCAGCAGCAUUUUUCAACAAAGUAGCUGACAGCUGGUAGAAAGGAUGUAUUCUUUAAAGACGCAGGACGAGUCUAAUGAAGUUUCGAUGGGGGACCAGGAAGGGGUGAUCAGGAAAAGGAGGGCACAAAUUGGACCUUUUUUUUCUUUUUUUUCUUUUUAAAUGUCCAGAUUUUUUUUUAUGAAAUAUUGACAUUAUUACAACUGAAGUGAUGAUCUACUAGAAUGUAGAUAAGUGAAGAAAAACCCAAAUAAAUGUUAGUUAACAUUUAAUAUUUAUAAGCAUUGGCUCUUUCUGUUGAUACGAUACUGUAAAAAUGAGCAUGUUCCAGGCAUAGUCGCGAUGGAUAUUAAUCAUGAUUAAUUAAUUUGUAAGCUGUGAUCAAUCAAAUCAUUUCAUUUUUUUGUAGUUUAGCCAUUGAAUUGCAUUAACAAUAUUUUACAUCAAAGUCUACAAUAAAUAUAAUUUCUUUAAAUGGUAAAUUUAAUAGACUUCAUAAUAAAAUAACGCAGGUAUUGGAUCAGUUCUUGGGAUUAACAGAUACCUAAACUCCAGGUAUUAAAAUCGGUAAACAAAAAGAAAAAAGUUACCGGAACAACCCUGUUUAUAACACAAACGAUGGCUAAUGACCAACAUGGAGACAAAGUGCCACUACAACAGGAUGACAAAUUACAAGAGAAAAUAAAGAUGAACAAUCAAUUAAAUAAAUACAAGAAUAGAGAAAUAAAUUACAAGUUGUUUAGGUUCAGGUUGCCUGUCACUGUACUAAAAACAACAAAGCUUGGUAAGCAUAACUAAACACCCCACAAGUUUGAAAUGACCGGAACCUCUGAAAACAGUCCUCACUCCCUGAAUGCCUGAAUU